ACAGACGAGGUCGCCAAGUAUGCACAGCUAUAGAUUCGGAGUCGUGGACUAUACCGUGUUCAUGGGUAUGACGAUAAUAUCCAUUGUCACAGGAUUGUAUUUCGGAUGGAUUAAAAAGACCAAGAAGAAUGCAGAACCUACCCCACCACCCGUUGAUUCACCCGAAAACGCCAUGCCGUCUUUUGGAUCAAAAAAGAUGAACGAGUAUUUUAUGGGUUCGCGCAAUCUGAAAGUAGUGCCUGUGGGGAUGAGUUUGAUAGCCAGUUUUAUUGCCGGCAUUGCAAUACUUGGAACACCUUCGGAGAUUUACUAUUAUGGCACUCAAUAUAGUCUUAUUAUCGUAGCCAUUGUUUUUCAAGGACUUGCCGUAGCCUAUAUUUAUUUGCCAGUGUUUUCGGCUCUUCAAGUUAGCUCGUCCUAUGAGUACUUGGAGAUGCGUUUUCACUCGAUUAUACGAAGUAUAGCUUCUAUAUUGUUCGUUACUGAAGUGAUGCUAUACAUGCCUUUUGUAAUCUUCGUUCCGGCCUUAGCUCUUAGUCAGGUUUCUGGCAUUAAUAUUUAUCUAAUAGAAGUUGUGACUAUUGUAGUGGUCGUUAUCUAUACUUUAUUGGGCGGUCUAAAAGCGGUGGUUCAUACAGAUAUCUGGCAAGUGGUGAUCAUGUUUCUUUCUGUUCUGGUUGUGGCUAUACUUGCAACCUUUUAUAUCACCGACUUAGAUGACCUCUUUGUGGAAUUGAAGCAAGGAGGGCGUCUUACAUUUGGCAACAUUAAUCCCUCGCCAUAUAUUCGUAACACCGUGUGGAGUGUCAUAAUUGGUGGUAUUUUCUACUGGAGCUCACUGAAUGCGGUGAAUCAGUCGAUGGUCCAUCGUUAUAUGUCUUUGCCCACUUUAAAAAUGGCUCGAGCUUCCAUCGCUUUCUUCGUCAUUGGAUCUGUAAUUUUUUAUUCGGUUCUGUGCUUCUUGGGAGUGCUAAUCUUUCAUAUGUACAAGGACUGCGAUCCAUUGAGCGCAGGAUAUAUUAAGAAUAACGAUCAGCUGGUGCCCCUCUUUGUGGUUCAAAGUGUCGGUCAUAUCUAUGGAAUUCCAGGACUUUUUAUAGCCGGUAUUUUUGGAGCAGGCCUAAGUUCCCUUUCUGUACUCUUAAACUCCACUUCCCUGGUGCUUCUUCAGGAUAUAGUCCGUGGUUGUUUCAAAAUGCAACCAGGCGAAAAGGCAUCCACGAUUUUCGUGAAGUCUAGUAUUGUUGUUAUGGGUGCCAUAGCUUUUGCUUUGGUAUUCGUUAUCGAAAAGGUGAGUGGCGUCCUGAGUAUCUGCAUGUCCUUAGUGGCCAUUGCAACAAGUUCUACUUUUGGAAUCUUCACCCUGGGAAUGCUGGUUCCCUGGGCAAAUACAGUGGGCACCCUAGUGGGUGGAAUCACCGGUUUCCUCUUGACCGGAUGGAUAACCUUUGGCUCGCAAAUUGCUGCGGCAUCGGGACAACUGAAUUCUCAGAUACUUCCGGUGUCCGUCGAAGGUUGUGUGGGUAAUGUAACUCUCCCCGAGAAAGUGUGGGUGGACGAGGAGGAAGUGUUUCCACUGUACCGUCUUUCAUUCCACUGGAUAAACCCCAUUGGUGUGCUUACAGUGGUCGUUGUGGGUUCUCUGGUCUCUCUGGUUACCAAACCCACUGAUAUCAAGACUUUGGAUUCGAAGUUGAUAUCUCCAGUCAUUCACAGGUAA